UGUAAUGAGUGUGGGAAAGCCUUUAAACGACACAAAAGCCUCAUGCAACAUCAGAAAAUUCACUCUGGUGAGAGACCCUUUCAGUGCAAGGAAUGUGGGAAGGCCUUCAUUGUUCUGACUCAUCUCACACGGCACCAGACUAUUCAUACUGGAGAGAAGUCCUUUGAAUGUAACGAAUGUGGCAAGAAAUUCAGAACUGCCACACACCUUGUUAUGCACCAGACUAUUCAUACAGGUGAGAAACCCUUUGAAUGUAAUGUAUGUGGGAAGGCUUUUCGGCUUCAGGUAUACCUUUCUGAGCAUCAGAAAAUUCACAUUGAAGAGAAACCCUUCAAGUGUAAGCUGUGUGGGUCAGCCUUCAGACGUAAGUACCAACUUAGUGAACAUUACACAAUUCAUACUGAUGAGAAACCCUAUCAGUGUAAGGAAUGUGGGAAAUGCUUUCGUCAAAGGUCCAAUUUUACUGAACAUCAGAGCAUUCACACUGGAAACAAACCCUUUGAGUGUAAAGAAUGUGGGAAAUUUUUUAGACUUAAUACACUUCUCAUUCGUCAUCAGAAAUCUCACAGUAGUGAGAGACCUUUUGAAUGUAAAGAAUGUGGAAAAGCUUUUCAUCUUCCCAGUGAGCUUAAUAACCAUCAAAUUGUACAUACAAGUAAAAGACCUUUUGAAUGCAAGGUUUGUGGGAAGUCCUUCAAGCGUGAAUCCACUCUCAUUCAACAUAGUGUUAUUCAUGGUGGUGUGAAAUCAUAUGAAUGUAAUGAAUGUGGGAAAGCUUUUAUUCAUCGCUCAAGCCUGUUCCACCAUCGGAAAAUUCAUUCUGAUGAGAAACCUUUUAAGUGUCAAGAGUGUGGAAAGGCCUUUGUUGUUCUGGCGUACCUCACUCGGCACCAGAGCAUCCAUACUGGAGACAAAUCAUUUGAAUGUCAGCAGUGUGGGUCAGCCUUCAAAUAUAAGUCCCAACUCAAUAAACAUCAGAGAAUUCAUACUGAUGUGAAACUCUUUCAGUGCAUGGAAGGUGGAGAUAACUUUGUUCAUGGAACAAACCUUAGCAUUCAUCAGGGAAUCCAUACUGGUGAGAAUCCCUUUCAGUGUAAUGAAUAUGGGGAAGCUUUUAAAUACCAUUACCAUUUCCUUGGACAUUUUAGAAUUCAUAUUGGCAAGAAUCAUUAUGAAUGUAAAGAAUGUGGGAAGUACUUUACACAUGGUAUAGGUGUUAAAGUAUAUCAAAGAAUUCACACUGGUGAAAAACUUAACAGGGUUAAGAAUUUGGGAAGACUUUUAGUUGAAUAUGAAACUUGUUUUGACAUUCUAAAUAUAAUAUGAAUAAGAAGUCUUAUGAUGUAAGGAAAAUGAAAGGGCCUACAGUAAUUCUAAGCUAGCUAGGUGUAUAUCAGAGAAUUUCUACUGAUGCAAAAUUCUGUGAAUAUAAGUAAGGUUGCAAUAUUUAGUUCAGCCUUCAUACACAGUAGCUAAUUCAUAUUGGUAAUAAACUCUAUCACUGUAAAGAAUGUGCAGAGAGCUUUAAUUGGAGCUUAGGACUUCUUCAAAAUCAAGAAACCAUGCUGGUGUCAAUAUAAUGAAUAUAAGGAAUGUGGAAACAUUGAUAGAAUUAGCUGUUAAAUCUCAUCAGAGAGUCCAUAUAGGUUUGAAACCUGUGGAUUUAAAGAUUCAGGAAAAGCCUUUAUUGUCCAUGGUGAGUUUAUGCAGCAUGAGAAAAUCCAUAAUCUCCAGGAGACCUAUGUAUGUAAGGAAGGAGGGCAGGCCAGAGUAUGAAAAUGUUACUGAACACCAGAGAACUCAUAUUGGGAACGAAUGUGGGAACUUUAAUCUGUUCUGGGACUUGGUCAACAUCAAAAUAUUCAUGUACUGUUGCUGCCAAGAAACCCUUUGGAAUGGGUAUGUGGAAAGUCGGUUGUUCAGAGAAGUUACUCUGUUGAGAAUGUCUUUUAUUGUCAGAAAUACAAGGUAGUAAUCAUGUUCUUGAUUUACUCUCAUCUUGUUAGUUGUACAAACGUGUCGCCAGGGCUGUGAACUACGAGGGAGCAGUUAUUGUUAACUAGGCUUGUCUGAGAUGCUUUUUUCCCACCAUGGUUCCUGUGAUUUAGAGUAGAUAGUUACUUUUUGCAUAAUUUGUUAAUGGCCAGCACAGGACCAACCAAAGUCAUGGCAACAGAUUUAUAAUAGAUAAUAAAAUCCUUGACAGUAUUUGGUCAGUGCCCGUGUCCUAUAAUAUAGCUUUUACAUAGUUCUAGUUUCAUGAGCAUUAGUAUAACUGACAUGAAAGCCUAAUUGCACUUUAGAUAGUUUAGGAAAGUCUCAUGCUUUUACCCACUAUUAAAUUUUAAAUAACUUUAUUCUGGAUACAUGUAAUGAAUAGUUAGGAACAUGAAAGUAUUUGAAUUGUGGGUCCAUUUCUUAAGUAUAUGUGUGGUAAAGUUUUAAAACACAGUCAUUGAUGAAUAAGUACUAAGUAAAGGGGUAAAAAAAAAUGAUAAAAAGUUCAAAAGUUAAAAUCCUAUUAUGUAUGCCCUCUCCAUGCAUGAAGAUAAACUACAUUUGUGAUAGGACAAGAAAGUUCCUGGAUCCUCCAUCUCUUAUUCUUGCUAAGAACAUUUUAGCUUCAACCAGAAUUUGAUUCCCUCGAUGGAGAAUCUCAUGGAAUAUCCAAUUCUACUGGAGAUCAAAUUGCCUCUAAUAAUUUUUUGUGGCUUCCUUUUAAACCUCCCGGAACUCCAGCUAUCUGCUUAUCUUGGCAUCUGUUAAACUGCCUGCUUGGGCAAAAGCUCCUCCUGCAGCUGUUGAGCAAGAUAAUAGAAUGUGGUUUUGUUCUAAAUGCUUGGGAUUAUACUUGGGUCCCAAAUAUGUGAAUGUAGUCAGAGCUGGCUGGAAUAAAGAAUUUUAUUUGGCUCUAAACUGUGUCUGAGUGGGCAUCUCUGGUGGGCAACCUGUAAAACCUUUACAAAAUAGCCAGACUGAAACUACUUAUAAAAGUACAUAUAUGGGAAUUUUCAUCCAUGUUGAGAGCUUGGAAUAUUCAACAGACAUCUAUAUCCUCACCUAGAUUGAAAAUUGUCAACAAUUUACAAGGUUGAUCCUGUUUUUCUAUGUAUAUAGAUUUGGGGGUGUACUAUUAAUAUGUUUUAAAACUGAAUAUAGCAAAGCAUAUCUGAAUCCUAGAUAUUAUAAAGCUGAAUUAGGAGUUGGAGGCAAGGGGCUGGAGAGAUGGCUCAGCAGUUAAGAACACUGACUGUUCUUCCAGAAGUCCUGAGUUCAAUUCCCAGCAACCACAUGGUGGCUCACAACCAUCUGUAAUGGGAUCUGAUGCCCUCUUCUGGUGUAUCUGAAGACAUCUACUCACAUACAUAAAUAUAUCUUAAUUUAUAAAAAAAGAGUUGGAGGCAAUCCUAGCUAUAUACUGACUUUAAGUCCAGCUAAGGCAUUAUAGAGACCCCUAUUUAAAAAAACAAAAAGUUAUAGGCCGGGCAGUUGUGGCGCAUACCUUUAAUCCCAGCACUUGGGAGGCAGAGGCAGGAAUAUUUCUGAGUUCGAGGCCAGCCUCGUCUACAGAGUGAGUUCCAGGACAGCCAGGGCUACACAGAGAAACCCUGUCUUGAAAAAAAAAAAAGUUAUAGACAUGACAUUUUAUUUGUUAUCAUCAGCCAAGAGGGAAUGUCAUCUAUACUAUAGAAUCAUAGUUGUUCUUUAGGAGAAGAGUGAGAAUUUAACAACAUGCAGAAGUUUGUAAUUUUCCUCCAAACUUUACUGAUUUGAAGUGUAUGUAUCUUGAGGAUACUCCAGUAUAGAUAGAGAUUUGGCCUUGCUCUGUCCUUUGUUAAAUUUUCAGUGUUGAUUUAACUUGGAACUUUGUUAGCACAGUAGGGAUGUGCUCAAUCAACCAGCUGCAUUCACAGCCCUUAGGUAUUGUAUUUUCUAUCCAAGGAAAAUUAGUUUCAGAUAAAACAUUUUGAGGAAGAACACAUUGUAGAUUGUAUGUCCUAUUGUAACAUGUCCAGAAACAUGUAUGUGUCAGCUAUCACAUUACUGAUGAAAUUAAGUUUCAUUUGUUUAAGAUGAAAGGUGCCAGAGCUCUAUUAAAAGGUCUAGUUUGUUAUGGAUAUGUAAUCUAUGUGGAGAAACUAUUACUUCCAAGCAUAGAUAUGUAUAAUUUAAUCUUGGUUAAAUACAAAUAAAGAUUGAAAUCAACUUUAAAUGGAUAGCACAAUAAUGUAUGGUGUAACUUGAAUACCAGUGUGGUGUAACUGAUGCUGUACUCAAUAUUAAACUCCCCUUCUUUCUUGGUUUA